AUGUCAGACGACGAAAAUUUGCCGGAUUUGGAUGAGCAACAUCUCCUUCCAUACAAACAUGUUAUCAAAGUGAAGAGUAAGAGAAUUAGAAAUCGAAUGUGCGAAGCGUUUAACCAUUGGUUGCGAAUCCCAGAAGAGAAAAUGAGAGAAAUUGAUGAUAUUGUAAGCACGUGUCAUGAGGCUUCUAUUAUUUUGGAUGACAUCCAAGAUGGCAUCGAGACGAGGCGGGGAAUCCCCGCGGCGCAUUGUGUAUACGGAGUCCCAUGGGCUACCAACACUGUCCUCUACGUCAUCAUGCUCAUUAUGGAAAAGUGCUCAAAGCUUGGUCAUCCUGAGGCUAUGCAAGUAUACAACGAACAGACUUUGGAAAUGGCGAGAGGUCAGUUCAAGGAGAUUUAUUGGAGAGAUAAAUUUAUUUGCCCCACUGAGGCUGAAUAUAGAAAAAUGACGAAACAAAAAACAGGAGGUAUGAUCAACCUUUGCGUUAGGCUGAUGACGUUAUUCAGUGAAAAUAAAACUGACUACUCACCACUCGCUCUGAAACUCGGAUAUUUCUUUCAGCUCGUAGAUGAUUACUGGAAUAUAUAUCAACCAGAGAAAUUAGAAGAGCGUCCAUCUGAUCAGGACUUGAACGACUAUUAUAUGGACUUAACGGAGGGAAAAUUUACUGUUCCAUUAAUACAUGCUGCGAGAAGCCAAAGGGGAGAGGCUGUUACCAGUAUAUUAAAACAACGACCGACUGAUAUUACAUUAAAACGAUAUUGUGUUUCCUUGUUGGAGGAGCUCGGAAGUCUGGAGUAUACCAGGACAGUCAUGAUGGACGUGGAGAAGGAUUUGCGGAGCGAGAUCUCUCGCUUUGGUGGAAAUCCCAUGAUGGAUGCUGUAUUGGACCAACUUCAUAAGUACUGA